AUGGCAACUCCUUCCACCUUCUUCUCUCCUUUCCUUUUCCUGUGUGUGCUGGUUCUUUCUGACAUCACUCUCGCAGUCUCCCUGGAUCCUGGCACAAAGCUCAAAAAUGUCCCAGAAAACAACAAUCAUCUUCAAAACCAAGAGAUGUGGCUGCAGCAGCCCAGAAGCGGGCACCACCACAAGCAUGGCUUGGCCAAGAAGGAGAGAGUCCAUGCCAUGCCUUCUAGAGCGCGGCCAGCUGGGGAAGAGGCCCUCAGAGUGGGUAGUGGAGCUCCGGCUGUAGAAGAGCCCACAGCAGAGGGACAGCCAGCAGCCCUGAAACAGAACAAGGAUGUGUUCCUGGGUUUUGAGUUCCCACAUCCUGAGAGGGAGAACCAGUCCCCUGGGUCUGAGAGAGGAAAGAAGCAGAACCGAGAACAUCGGCGACACAGCCGCAGGGACAGGCUGAAACACCACAGAGGGAAGACUCCUGAUGCUGGGCCAAGCUCCCUGUACAAGAAACCUGAAAGCUUUCAAGAACAGUUUCAAAACCUCCGAGCAGAGGAAGCUACAAGUCUGACUCCCACCAUACUUCUCAACACUGCACUGGAACUCGCUGUUUCCACAGAAGAGCCUCCUGUUCUUCCAGCCACAUCACCACGGUCACAGGCCCGCCUCAGGCAAGAUGGGGAUGUGAUGCCCACUCUAGAUAUGGCACUCUUUGACUGGACAGAUUAUGAGGAUCUCAAACCAGAAUUGUGGCCAUCUGCUAAAAAGAAAGAGAAACGCCGCAGUAAGAGCCCCAACAAUGGAAACGAAACCGUGACGGCUGAAGGAGAGCCAUGUGAUCAUCACCUUGACUGCAUCCCAGGCUCUUGCUGCGACUUGCGCGAACACCUCUGCAAACCACACAACCGAGGCCUUAACAACAAAUGUUAUGAUGACUGUAUGUGCACUGAGGGGCUACGCUGUUAUGCCAAAUUCCACCGGAACCGAAGAGUGACCCGGAGGAAAGGGCGCUGCGUGGAGCCCGAAUCAGCCAACGGAGAGCAGGGAUCGUUCAUUAAUGUUUAGGAGGGUGGAACUCCUGCCUGGAUGGUCAGGAGCUGGGGUCAAUCUGUUUAUACCUAGCAGUGGGAAUUAGAGGAAAGAGUCAAGCAAAUGACUGAAGCUGCAGGCUCUGAAUGUGCCAGGUUCCAACAAGACUGAAGCUCAUGUUAAUUAUAAAUAGAGUGGCCUCAGCCUUUUCCACACCAGGACUGCAUUCCUCCUCCCUUCCCCGAGCACAUUGCUGCCACUGAGCUGGGUCCCCUCUCCCAGUUAGUAAGAGAUGAUCAUGACUACCGUUCUGAUGGCAAAAUAUGAAAGAUCCUUCAAGUCAAAGGGGAUAUGAGCUUAAACUUUAUCCCU